AUGAUCGAGGCAAGCAUGACGCGGCUGGCUAAGAGCCUUCAGACCCUGAGCGAACUGCCUCGGUUCUUGGUGCCCCGGCGGGUGCUGCAGCUGGCUGAUGCUUUCCACAAUUCCCAUGGAUGGGGUCUGGAGCGGACCUUCAACCGCUGGUGCCUUAAGCUGCCUGCACGGGCAUGCCUUCCGGAACCAUACGAGUGCAUGGAUGCAGAUCAACAUUUUUAUUAUGUUCAUGAUACAUGUGCUGAUGCUUUCAUGCAUGGAUCGAAGCAUUCAUUUCGCAUCUGCAGGUUCCAGGUGGGGAAUGAGGAAGCAAAGCACAAUGUCACCAUCGGUGUGCUUCUUCCUCACGAAGUCUUCGCUCGCAUGCACGACUUCGGAGGGCAUCUGUUCAGCGACUUCUUGACCGGAACUCCAGAGGAUCUCGAGAAAUUCUGGCAGCAGAAUGCCGACCUUUCGGACGAAAUUGCUGGAGCAUGGGGCCCGCAGGAGGUGCGAGACCAGAUCCUGGAGAUCAUUGCAUGGUCUUUCCGCUGCCUGGGUCGUGGCCGCUGGCCUCGACGAGACCCUUUCGGUCAAGAGUGGCCAAAAGGAUAUCGGAGAGACAAAGUUGGCCAGCCUUUGGCCGGAGAGUGGCGAGCUGUGAUGGCUGGGCUUCAAGGCGACCAAGACUGGUUUCAUAAGAUAUUUCGAUUCCAACGAGACUGGAAGGAGUGUUGCCAGUACUGUGCGGCAACGCAGAUCGUGGAGCCCGGUGGGAGCCACGACAUGCUGUACACUGAGUUUGGAGUUUACCCAGAUAUUCUGCACAUUCUGGACUUGCAAAUAUCUGUGGAUUGUAUUACUUCGGCCUUGCUGGACUUUUCCGACGCUGGCAAAGCACCAGGUCGUUCGCGAGAUGCUAGACUGCGGGCAAUUGGCUAUGAGUACGCAGACUGGUGUCGGCAGGAAGGAGUGCAGGAUCGUGCCAAUCCCAAGCUGUUCCUGUCAAAGACCUUGGGAGAAAGCAAGGAUUAUCCUCACGUUUCGCAGAAAUAUCUCAAGGCAGCUGCUUCUCGAUACAUGGUUUACUUUAUGUACGACUUCUCGAGAAAAAAGGAGGAUGAGGUUCGUGCCAGCCUUUUCGGAGCAUUGAGCACCAUGCUGACAGUGUUUGCUGAACACCCGCGCUACUGGGACCACGAUGCCGAGGAUUGCGAUGGCCACCCAGAGAUCGUCCUUGAGCGGGCAUAUAUGCAGUACAGAUCCGUGUACGAUGCCCUGGCCCGCGAAGCAAUCGAGCAAGGGGUGUACAGGUAUAACCUGAUCUUGGAUUGGGUUCCUGAGGCCGGGAAUCCCCGGUACUACAGUUGUUUCCUCGACGAGGAUCUCAUCGGCAAGGCGGAUCGUCGAGCACUCGCAUCCUCGCACCAUGAGCUUGCGGGCCUUGCAGCAUUACUGCCUGCUAGCCGCCCUCCGUUGGGGGGGCUCAUAGGAUCCAGGGACCGCGGCUCCAGUGGGGACUGGAGAAAGAUGAGUGGAGCGUCUGACAGUGGCGCGACAGCAGUGACGCGUAACAAAGACGGAAUACCAUGCUGGAGCGGGGAAGCAGGGUCUUUCGUGGAGUACGAGGAGGCCGCUCUCCUGUGGGAGCAGUCUUUGACAUGGGAGAAGCGGUACACUGCUGGGCCGAGGCUAGUUCAGGAACUGUCUGGAGCGGCUCGCCGCUUUGUGGCAGGCCAGAGCGCGGGAUGGGUCGCCUACAGAGGCGGCGUGAAGGCGCUCAUGGACCACCUUCGCAAGGCACUGGGAAAGCCCCGCGUCAACGAGGUGACCGAUCUUCUGGCAUUGUACUUCAAGGGCACAAAGCGCAAGGCGAACGAGAGUAUGAAUGAAUACAUCACCAGGAAGACGGAAGCCUACAUGCGGGCGAGCCAGGCUUUGAAGCGGGUCCAGCCACACUAUGACCGGGACACGACGACCACCCAGACCAGUGUGGGCACGUACAGCAGGCGAAGCAGCUACGAUACUAUGAGUGGAUGGGGCCGGCAGUGGACACCGGCCACCGAGGAGCCGGGCACCAAUGAGACUGAGGCCUCCACCGAGGCCACCGCCAACCCGGAGACCGGAGAUACCGGAGAUGAUCAGUGGCAGACAAGGUGGAACACCUGGGGCGCUUCAUCGUGGGGAUGGUCACCCUGGGGUGGAUACGGCAGCUGGGGAGCACAACCCUGGCAAGGCUCUUCAUGGGGAGCCUCUUCUACUUCGUCUUCGCUGGGGGAGACCGCCCCCGGACUACCGGAUCUUCUCCCCUCCUUCAUCCAAGGCUGGUACCUCCUCGCGGACUCCAACCUCGACCACGCCGAGAAGAACAUUGUCCUCACCGCCUUGGGCGGGGACUUCGCACCGCAAAAGGUGGCUCAGGAACUCCGCAACCAAUUCCCUGAAGGGGAAGUCCGUCGCCGUGAUCAACGGCGAUACCAGAGCUACAUUGGCGAGGCCUUCGAGGACUCCGGCGACGAGGAUGCGAAGGACUACUCCUACGGGUUCUCCAUCGAGGAGCUGAGCGAGGGCGGCAUGAAUGAAGAGGGCAUCGCCUUGGUCGUGGACUACGAGGAGACGGCGAGGGAGGCUAUGGCAGCCCUCCACCAAGCAAAGCGGACAUUGAAGGAAGCUCGCCAGAAACAGCACUCCGUGAAGCAAAGCCGCAAGUACUACCAAAGCAAGCUUGGUGCGCAAAGCUCCGUAGCUGCCAUGGGCGGGAAAGGACAAGGUGGCAAAGGCCACUGGAGGCCCAGGCCUGAGCGGUGGGUCCACCUGGGCCCAUGGCAAGUGGACGAGGGCUUCACCCUAACGGCUGCGGAUCGGGACAGAAUCCGCAGUGAGUACAACGGCAGCAGUGCAGCUGUGCGACUACGUUCGUCUUGGGGCGAGCGGGCCCUAACGGUUUCUGGGCCUGAAGACUCCGCACACGCAGCAGCUACGGCUGCGUGGCGCUGCAUGGAGCAAAGAGCGGCAGAGGCAACCACCGUUCCGAAGCCUCCUGCAGCCAAGGCACGUGCAGCGGCGAAACCGGACCCAAGGCCACCGCAGCAGGAGCAGCAGCCAGAGCAACCUGCACCUCCCCGCUCCCACACGUGGCCGCAGCAGUCGCAGGAGCAGUCCUGGCCUUGGCCUGGGUGGUUGCCACAAGCUUGGCCAGCAGGCCAAGUUUGGCUGCCAACUUCGCAACAGUCUGGGGCUGCGGACGAAGCCGCCCGAGCAGCACAGGUGGCCCUGGCAAGGUGCGAGAGCCUGCAUGGUUCCAUGGUGGCCAUGUACAACAACUUCUUGGCAGAACUACGGCAGCAGGCCGCCAAAACUUUGCACUGCUUGCCAGCAACGGUAACUUUCUCCGAUGCUGCUGUUGUUGCAGGCAACGACAAUGUUUCUCACAGGCACGCCCGCCGGCAAGAGCGAGACAAGGCUUUAGAUAUUGCCCAAGAAGAGAACCUAUGCGGCAGCAUUCUUGCAAGCAUGGAUGUGCCCCUCGAAGGAAAGAACCAGCCGUACAAGUGGUUUUUCCUGAAUCCAAUGGCACUGAUUUUCAAAAUGGCAUCCGUCAGGCCAGAGUUCGGAGACCUCUUGCACAAGACAUCUUUACAGGAUGGCAGUAUGGAUUUGGUGCUGUAUUUUGACGAGAUCAAACCGGGCAACAUCCUUCGUCCAGAUGCUGGCCGUGCUCAACUCUGCAUUUAUUUCACUUUUGGAAAUCUGCCUCACUGGGCAAGAAGUCGUGCAUGGGGGUGGUGGCAUUUCGCCAGUUUUCCAAUGAAGCUUUUGGCUAAAGUGCCGGCGGGUGCAUCGUUUUUGAUGGCCCGUGUUCUGGAUGUAUUUUUUGGUAGAACAUCGUCACUGAACUUUGCAGAUGGUGUGCCGUGCAUUUCUAGCUGCGGUGCGUUCGCUCUGAAGGCACAUUUCAAGACACUGGUCGCCGAUGAGAAGGCUCUCAAGGAGGCCUGGUCGCUGAAGGGUGCCAGCGGCACAAAGCCUUGCUAUGAGUGUGCAAACGUGGUUGGGCAUUGCGCGAAAGAAGAUGUGAAUCCAGCAGGCUGGCUGCAACAUAUCACCUGCGCCGACAGGUCGAAGUUCCACGCCCACACGGAAAGCAGCUUCCGGAACAUGGCCAACAAUUUGGGGGCUGCCAGAACAGCCAGCGAACGCAACAAGCUUUCCCAGGCCUACGGUUUGACCUACCACUCUGACGGCCUCCUUUGGGAUGGGUUUUGGGGUGAGAAAGUGAGCCCGAUCAGACAGAGUUGCUGGGACUGGAUGCACGUGAUUGUUGCAUCUGGUGGUGUCGCUGCGUAUGAAUGCAACUCCUUCCUGUUGGAGCUGAAACGGCAAGGCAUUCCUUUGUCCACUUUGGAUGCAUUUGCUGGCAAAUGGAAUUUGCCGAAAGCCCGUGAUUCGCUGAGUGCUUCAUUUUUCCAAGAUCGUAUUCAAGAAGAUGGCGAGCCCUUGAGAGCAUUUGCAGGAGAAAUGUUGGAUGUAGUUGUGUUUCUGGACAUGUUUCAGCAACAUGCCCUGAAGCCACAGGGCAACCUGCCCCGACAUUGCAGAUGCCUGGAGCUGCUGGCCAGGAUUCUUGAGAUUCUGCUCAAAAGCGACCGGGCCGUUUCUCAUGUGGACGAAUUGGAGGCAUGCGUGGAUGAACAUGCGACCCUAUUCGUGGAGUUGUACGAGCACUGCGCCAAACCAAAAUUUCAUAUGCUCUUUCACAUCAGCAGUGCACUGCGGAGAUUUGGCAAUCUUUCUUGCUGGGGACCAGAGCGGAAACAUCGUGUUGUGAAGUCUUUGGUUGGCUCUUCUGUGGCCAAUGAGUUGCAGAACAACCUUGCCGUGCGAGCAUGCGGCCAGGAUUUGAAAGCAAUAGAAGAAGGUGUGUUUGAACCGACCGCUUUGGCCAGUCCUCUGACCGACCUUCAUUGGGCUGUGGAUCUGUUAGCUCCUGUCCUUGAUGGUGUGCAGCAUGUGCAGAGAUCCAGGAAGCUGUAUACAUCCCGUGGGUCCGUGUUUUGCGGUGAUGUGUUGUGGAGUCGAUGCCUGCAUGUGAUUUAUCAAGUGAAGGCUUGCCUGAUGGCUGUAGAUCAUGAAGGCCGGAAGCAUUUCCUUUUUCAUGUCAGUGAGCACAAAAGAGUCAAAGGCAAUCGCUUCGACGAAGCUGGAACAUUGGGACUUAUCUUCUACGAGGAGGAUCUUGUCGCAGUGCAGUACAGUGUGUCACUGGCUAGACAGAUUGUCAUCUACACUGGCACAAUGCUCGGGGAAGUCUGA